AUGAGGGCCAAACGUUCCAAGAAGUAUCGCAAGCUUAUGCACCAGUAUGAGCUCACUUUCGGUUUCCGAGAGGCCUACCAGGUCCUGGUUGACUCGAACUUUCUUCGUGCCACCGAUUCCUUCAAGAUGGAGCUGAUUCCUGCGCUUGAGCGAACCGUUCAAGGAAAGGUCAAGCCUUUAUUGACCAAGUGCUCUCUCGCCGCUAUCAUGGCCGCGCAACCCAUCAACCCCAGAACCGAAAAGCCAUAUCGCCCUCUCUUCCUUCCCCCGCCCACAGAACUCCCGCUCCGUCACUGCUCGCACAACGCGGACUCCACGCCCAUCGACGAGAUCGAGUGUCUCCUCUCACUGCUCUCGCCCAAUGCAGAUGUCAAAAAGAACAAGGAGCACUACAUUCUCGCAAGCGCGGAUCCUAUUUUGCGAAAGACCAGCAACAACGAGAACCAGCCGCGGAGACGCAAGACCGAGGAGGAUCGUAAAGAAGAGGAAGCUAUGCGCCGUUCCCGGGCACUGCGCUCUGCUGCCCGUUCCAUUCCCGGCGUGCCUAUCAUCUACGUCAAGCGCUCAGUGAUGGUUCUCGAGCCAAUGAGCAACCCCUCCGAGAUGGUGCGGGAGGGCCAUGAGCGCGGGAAGUUCCGCGCCGGAUUGGAUGUGGAUCCUAUGCUCGGCAAGCGCAAGCGGGAUGGCGAAGGUGAUGAGGAUGCUUCCGAUGCUGAGGAACCCAAGAAGAAGCGUGGUCCUAAGGUCAAGGGACCUAAUCCGCUCAGCGUGAAGAAGUCCAAGAAGAAGACCGAUGCGCCAGCACCGAAGAAGGAGAAGAUCGCCCCGAAGGAGGAUGCUACUGAGCAGCAGGAUGAUGAGUCUGCUGCGGCUAAGCCUAAGCGGAAACGUCGUCACAAUAAGGGUCCUCGUGAAGAUUUCGAGGAGGCCGCCGAGUCGAAUGAGGCUAUGGAGGUUGAUGCUUGA